AUGGCGACCUUCACCAAGAUCGACGAUGGCGAGCAGCCCGUCAUCACCGUCAAUUCCGCUCACAAAAUCUCCAAGAUUGAGGACAAUACGCACAUGGGUCGCUGCAUCUACGGCGGAAUCUACGAUCCCGGCAGCCCUCUUUCUGACGAAAACGGCUACCGCAAGGACGUUAUAGCCGCCUUCCAGGAGCUCAAAUGCCCUGUCGUGCGCUAUCCCGGCGGUAACUUCAUCGCGACAUACCACUGGCAAGACGGUGUUGGACCCAGGGAGAAGCGACCCAAGAGGCAGGAGCUCGCUUGGCAUGGAAUCGAGACCAACGAGUUCGGCACCGACGAGUUCCUCAAAUGGUGCGAGAUUGUCGGCACAGAACCCUACCUAGCUCUCAACUUUGGCACAGGGACUCUCGAGGAAGCUCUGGGCUGGUUGGAAUACUGCAAUUCCGACUGCGACUCUUACUACGCCAAUCUGCGCCGUCAAAACGGCCGCGAGAAGCCCUAUGGCGCCUACCAGUGGGCCAAGGCCCUCAAGCUCCUCGACCCUUCCGUCGAGCUCAUCCUCUGCGGCAAGGACGGCCCCACGCACUGGGACUACUACGUCACCAAGGAGUGCAUCAACUACAUCCAGCACGCCCUCGGCAACAACGACUCCUCCUGCCUCAUCGACAUGCACAGCAUCCACAUCUACACCGCCUCCGACGACCACUACAAGAACGCCACCGCCCCUCGUCAGGCCGAGAGGGCCAUCGAGAUCACCAGCAGCCUCAUCGACCUCGCCCGCAUCGAAAACGGCGUGCCCACCAAGAUCAAGAAGCAAAAGAUUUGCUUCGACGAGUGGAACGUCUGGGAUCCCAUCCGCGCUCCCGGCUGGCUGGGCGCCGAGGAAAAGUAUACCCUUUCCGACGCCCUCGCCGUCGCCAACUGGCUCAACGUCCUCGUGCGCCAGUCCAAGCACAUCGGCAUGGCCACCAUCGCCCAAUCCUCCACCUGGUGGCCCCUCCUCCUCUUCAGCAAGUACAUGCGCGGCCACACCAUCGCCGCCCACGUCCAGAGCGGCGACGCUGCCGUCGACGACGCCGGGACGACCUCGCUCGUCGUCGUCAACAUCCACCAGGAGAUCGACUUCCGCACAAAGGUCGAGGGCAUCCCCGCCGGCUCUCCCGUCGACGUCUACACCGUGACGGGCCCCAGCAUCCAGAGCACAAAUACCAACGGCGCCCAAGAGGUGGGCAUCGCCGAGAGCCAGUGGACCGCCGAGCAGUUUUAUGUGUUUCCCAAGCUCUCCAUGACCAUGCUUAGGUGGAAGGCUUAG